GUGAUUUAUAUACAAGUAUAUAUGAUCAUUUAUACACAUAAUCAACGAUUUUACUUCCUUGGUCGGAUAUUUUUGUAUUUAUUAAUAUAUACACGUGUUGCUCUAUACGUCAAUACAUGAAUGAAUGGAAACGCCAAUAAACCAAACGGACAUUUUGUUGUGACAUCAAUAGACACGACAAAGCAGAAGGACAGGGUUAUAUAAUCUACGACAAAAAUAUGACGCAAAAGACAACACAGUCAUGGAAAAAUUGAGAAAGAAAACACAUAGGACUCGGACUUCUUUUAAACUAAUGACAAUGCCUUGAUCGUUAACAAUGGACAGCAAUAAUGUUACUAUACAGAACUGUAAAGGAAAGGUUGUAAGACUUCCAUUGAACAAAUUUAACCUACAUUCUAUAGAAAAUGCGUUUCCAGGUAUGCAGGAAAUCUAUUACAUGGACAACAAAGAUAAAAUUCCUAUCAUGUUAAAUCGAAAGAAUAACUCAGUUGUAAUGCCACCUUCCACAAGUUUGGAUCCUUCUUCAGGGCUUUUCGUCGUCACAGAUCAAGAUGGACUCAAUGAAGGGUUUCAUCCACUGACAGGAUUUUGUGAUUGGACUGAAUGGUCUCAGGUCAUUGAAUCUAAGGUCAUUUCCGGUGCGUCUUUACUACGGUCUACCCUUACACAUUUAAUGGAUAUUGGAUUUAUGAUUGUUUGCGGAAUACAAGUAGAGAACUGGACAAAGUUUACCUUAACGAAUCCAAAUACGACACUCGAAUGGGGAUAUUUAUCAUCACCAGCAACAAAUAUACAACCUGCAACUCGAGAAGCAAUGGUCAGUCACAAAUGUGGUUUUACUGCAACUGGAACUUCUGGAACUGUAUCCUGGUUAAUCAAUGGCACGGACAGACGCUUGGUAAUCGCAUGGUCAGCUCCAUUUAAUUUUGACUUUUAUUCUAAUUAUUUAAUAUUGGGUUUGACCAAUAAAGGAUACAAAAAGCACAAUAAAACCUGGUUUCAGACAAUGUACUAUGAAAAAGAAGAUGAAGCAAUGGUAUUCAAGCGAGUUAAAUGUAGAUUUACCAGCAAUGAAGUCAUGAUCGAUGACGAUCUGUUUGAAGUUACAGGAACUAUGGAUACCAGUCACAAACCGGAAAUCAAAGUUAUCAUAAAACCUAAACGGUGGGAGAAUUUAGCUUCAAAGUUAAAAAAUUAGAUUCACGAAUUAUAAAGACUGUCUAAUUUUUGAUAAUCUUCCGUCCAUACUUGAAAAAUAUACUUGUGUACAGUUGAGGAUCUAAUAUGUGUAUACACGUUUGGUGUUUCCUAUACACUUCUUAAAUAAUUCAAUUUUGUACAAUUAGAUUUCUUUGUUUGGAUAAAUAUGUGAUAUUCUAAAAUUGCAAGUGCAUUAAGCUAAUUAAAAGUACAUGAAUGCAGUCAAUAAUUUUGUUUGAUUUCUGUUUCCUGCAAAAAUUAUGAAAUGUAAUCUAUUUUACUUUACAGAAUUAUAUAUUAUGACUGUUUUGCAUUUGUGUUACGUAUAUACUCGAAUAGUUUUUGAUUUUUUAAAUAUAAUUACUAAACUUAAACUUAACUUUUUUAAUCCGAAAACGCUUUUAUAAUGAAAGAGAAAUUAUUUGUUUCAUCUUUCGAUUCUUCUUUUAUUCGAUCCUUUUAUUACGAAUUAUAACAAGCUUAGUUAGUAUGUUUACAUAUUAUAGAAUAAAAUUAGACAGACUUA